AAAUCAAACCACCUGCAGCAUAACAAUCAUUCCAUCUCUAUAUGGCUUAACACAGUUCCUCCGCACAAUCUUGCUCUCGCCGGCGAGCAAUCAAGGUUGCGUCUGCACCCAUCACUGUCGCUGUCACUGUCAUUGUCGCCGGCCGUGCAUCUCCUCCCACGCUCUUGCCUACAACCUUCAACGCAGUUGUCUUCCCCGCUUCACAACGUCGUUCCCAUCCUACCACCUCAUCCCAUCCUGUACCACCUUUCCAGCAACCUUACACCAUCAUGGAGACGCUGCCAGAGCUUGCAGCAAUGCAGCAGUGUCCAGACGAGGUACUUCUGAAAGUCUGCCGUCUUCUGGACUUCAAGAGCCUGGCAAGCUUCCGACUCACUGCCAAACGUCUGGCUGCUAUUGGAGCAGAAGCUUUGGUAUCCAAAGUUCGGUUCCAUUGUAGUCAAGACUCUCUCCAGCGAUUGAAUGCUAUAGCCAAUCAUGACGUCUUCUGCAAAAAUGUCGAAACGGUUGUCUUUGAAGCAAACAUUCUGGCGAAUAUCGGCUGUAUUCACUCCUAUUCUGCCCACUACGAAUUGGAACACCACAGAGAAGAGAGACCGCAACCACCUCCAAGACAUGCCACUGAUCGGGAGAAAAGAUUGUUUGAACGCAACCUUGCCAAGUUCCAGAAAGAGAUUGAGAACAAAUAUGAUCGCUAUCGACAAGUUCUCAAUGACCAGCAGGACUUGAUCAAAGGCACAACCUACUCCGAAGUACUUGGACCUAGUAUUCGACGCUUUCCACGACUCACCAAAAUUGCACUGAACACCGUUGGAAGGUGCAAGCACGUAUUAUCAGAAAGAUUUCUCGAAACCUUUGCUAUUGAUUGUGCAAUGCCAAUUGAAGGUGAUACCAAGCAUACAAAGGAGCAGCUCAAGCAUAUUCUCUUCCCCCAAAGUCGACCUUUGACCAAUCUUCGCGAACUCGCAGUCCAUGUCAUGUCUCCAAAAUUCUUCAGUGACUACAUGCCACGCGACAUGAUCUGUGUGGCCUUCAGUAACCUCAAAGUAAUUGAGCUGGGUCUUCGUCUUGAGCGGGAUGAAGUUGUCACCUGGGGCGACAUGCCGGCAGAUACCUGUUACGGAGACCUGCGCAAAGGGAUUCUUCGAGAUGCCUUGUGUGCAGCUACGGGUCUAGAAUCGCUCACGGUCAACUUCGAGGAUUACGGUUAUCAUGGCCCUUGUACAGACAUGAAGAUGAUUCUUGGAGAACAUUCUUGGCCCAAACUCAACUACCUGGACCUCGAUUGCCUGUCGACUACUCAGGAUGAUCUCCUGGCCAUGUUGAAGCGUCAGCCCGCCAUCCAUGUCUUCAAGCUCGGUUUUAUCACGCUAGAGCGGGGCUCUUGGGUUGAUGCAACUCGACGGAUGCGUAGAGAGUUGAAGCUUGCCGCUUUCUCCGCUCAAGGUAUCUUGGAGGACUCUGAACAAAUGUAUCCAAUGCACUUUUUCGAUUCGGAAGCCUAUGUGGAUAGCUUCCUGGAGGUGACUAUGUCUGAUUCUCUCGACGUCUACGUGACUAGUCGCUACGGUUCGAACGAGCUUGAUCAUGACGACGACGAGGAGGACGACCUGCAUCCGCUCGAACAUGACGACUUCGGAGACCCAGAAGAACUUCGCAUGGACUAUGGCCCUUUCUCGGAUGAGAGCACUGAUCCGCCUGAUUCAGACGAUUCAGAGAUGGACUGCAGUGGUUAAUGGUGGUCUCGUGACGCCACCGCCUCCAGCAGCCAACCCAUGUAACAUAUGACCUUACGACUUUUAUUCAUUUUCUUGUAACAUUAUGAAGACUUGCAUGUUAUGAGAGACGCACGACAGCGGAUACCCCAUCAAUUUCGGUUGUUUUAUACUAAUGUUUCUCACAAAUUGGCGCUCGAUUAGGCUUGUGAGCCUCGAUUUAUUAGGAUGGGUUGAGAAAAGAUGGUGCUUUGAUGGAGAGGUCAAACAAAAAUUAUGCUGCUUGUCUGCUGUAUGUAUGCACACAGAGCAAAGAUGGGACAAGCUAUUACUUGGAAGCACCACAGAGAUUGUGGUAGAAUUCCAGAUUGCUGCAUCAGACGUUUAGUACGGAUAGAAAAUGUACCUGUCUUUGGUAUGGUUGGCUUUGCU